AUGGCUGCUCCUUCCAUCCCCAAUCUCAACAGCCUUCGCGGCAGAAGCGGUCUGCGUCGCGGUAGAGGCCGAGCUCUUGCAACAGACCCAGAUGCGCCCGACGAGGAUGCCCAAGAUGCUCGCGACAAAAUCAUCCGCCAGACAGACGGCGACGCCUCCAACUCCAGGUUGAGCGCAGUCGCUCUUGGUUACUUACAGGACGACUACGCGACAUGCUUCCUCCAAGGCGAGACUCCCCGACGAUACCCUCUCAUCAACCGUGGCACCUAUGUCCGCACAUCGGCCAUCGAUCGUCUUGUCGACCAAUUCCUGAGCACCACUCUCGACGCCCAUUCUCCACACACAUCUGCUGCUCCGGUAGCACAGAUUGUCUCGUUGGGUGCUGGCUCAGACACUCGCUUCUUCCGUCUGUCGCCUACCCGUAGACAUGCUCUACUAUACCACGAGCUCGACUUUAUCGACAACGUCCAGGCCAAGCUGUCCGCAAUCCACUCCAACCCGCAACUGCAAGACAUGAUCCCAGCCAUGAACAUCUCGCCAGAUAAAAACUCCCUCCUCUCCCCCAACUACAACCUCCACGCCAUCGACCUGCGUCAACUAGCCGGCGACACUCCUUCCUCCAUCCCGAAUCUACGCUCUGACCUGCCUACUCUGCUUUUAAGCGAAUGCUGCCUCUGCUACGUGCCUCCUUCCACCGCCACUCAAAUCCUUUCAUACUUUGUCAACCAAAUCCCCUCUGCUUCAUUGGCUACCGUCCUCUACGAACCCAUCCGCCCCUACGACAGCUUUGGCAAGACCAUGAUUACAAAUCUCGCCAGUCGAGGCAUCGAGCUACAAACUGUAAAACGUUAUUACUCCCUCGCUGCCCAGAGAGAUCGCUUGAACAAGGCAGGCUUCGUCACUGGUCAAGGCGCAAGAGACGUCGAGCAAAUCUACUACGGCCAUGAGUGGGUCAGUGCCACCGAAAGAGAACGUGUCGAGAGACUGGAAUGGCUUGACGAGGUCGAGGAGUGGAAAUUGCUAGCUUCACAUUACUGUGUCGCUUGGGCUUGGAGGGAUCCUGAAUCUGCGACCGUCUUUUCAGACGCCUGGAAACACGUCAAUGGAGCUUAUACUGCUAAAGAAGCUCCCGACGAUGACAUCAUGUAG